GGUAGGUUUGAGGUGGAGAGUCCGAGACAGAGAGAGAGAGAAAGAGAGAGAAGAGGGGAAAAACGAGUAAUGUCUCUGCAGUCAUGGAUUUACGCUCCGAGCUGCUGAAGUCCAUCUGGUACGCUUUCACCGCGCUGGACGUGGAGAAGAGCGGAAAAGUGUCCAAAUCUCAGCUGAAGGUUCUGUCCCAUAAUCUGUGUACGGUGCUCUGUAUCCCGCAUGACCCGGCGGCUCUAGAGGAGCAUUUCAGAGAUGAUGAUGAUGGCCCAGUUUCCAGCCAGGGCUACAUGCCCUACCUCAACAAAUACAUCCUGGAUAAGGUGGUGGAGGGAGUGUUUGUGAAGGAGAACGUGGACGAACUUUGCUGGACUCUGACAGCGAAGAAGAACUACAAGCCAGCGGGAGGGAGCAUUCUGUCCCACAAAGACGCUUUCCGCCUCUGGUGCCUCUUCAUCUUCCUCUCGGAGGAUAAAUACCCCCUGGUCAUGAUCCCUGAUGAGGUUGAGUAUUUACUGAAGAAGCUGUGCAUGGCCAUGAGCGUGGAGCUGAACGGGGUGGAGCUAGAGGACUUUAUAUCCCAGGGUUCUGUUCAGCAGAAUGGCUUUACUGUGUGGGCUUUCCUGGAGAUGAUGAACACCGGCAGGCUAACCAGGGGAAUCGCCAAGGAGUCCAUCAGCAUGGCCAUAGAAGAGGUGUACCGGGAAAUAGUGGGGGAUGUGCUGAAAGAGGGUUAUCUAUGGAAGAAGGGUCAGCUGCGGCGGAACUGGACAGAGCGCUGGUUCACCCUCAAACCAAACGCUCUGGACUACUACACCAGCGAAGACCGCAAAGACCGUAAAGGCAGCAUCACACUGGAUUCUAACUGCUGUGUGGAGGUUCUUCCAGACCGAGACGGUAAAAGAUGCAUGUUCUGUCUGAAAACUAUCUCGAAGACCUUCGAGCUCAGCGCCUCGGACACCAAACAGAGACAGGAGUGGACAUCAGCAAUCCAGACAGCGAUCCGUCUCCAUGCAGAGGGGAAGACGUCUCUCCAUAAGGAUUUGAAGCAGAAGCGGCGGGAGCAGAGGGAGUUCAGGGAGCGGAGGAGGGAGGCGAAAGAGCAGGAGCUCCAGCACCUCCGCAACCUGCAAGAGGAGCGAGAGAGGAAGAUGGCGGAGCUGGAGCUCCUGAAGGAGGCGCAGAGACAAGCUCAGAUACUCCUACAGCAGGAGGAGGAGAGGAGGAGAAAACAACAUGAAGAACUACAGCAGGCGCUGGAGGAGCAACUCAGAGAGGCAGAGGAGGCACGUGCAUGCAUGCAGGCUGAGAUGGCUCUGAAGGAGGCAGAGGCGGAACGACAGCAGAGGAGGAUCAAGGAGCUGGAGGAGCUUCAGCAGCGGCUGGAGGAGGCGCUGCACCAGGAGGUUAAAGCCAGACAGGACGAGGAGGCUUUCAGAUACACACAGACCCGGUUGCUGGCUGAGGAGGAGGAGAAGAUUAAGGCUCUGAUGAGUCUGCAGGAGGAGCAGGAGGAGUGUAUCCAGCGAGCUCAGAGGGAGAAGCAGGAGAUGAAGCAGGAGAUGGAGACUAAGAGCCGCGCUCUGGAGGAGGCCCAGAGGCAGCUGGAAGAAGUCCGAGCCAAUCGCCAUAGAGUGGACCAGGAUGUUGUGGCUGCCCAGAGGAAGCUUCGGCAGGCCAGCACUAACGUCAAACACUGGAACGUCCAGAUGAACCGGCUGAUGCACCCCAUCGGACCAGGAGAGAAGCGUCCAUCUGUAGGAGGAUUUCACUCCAGCUUCAGGAUCCCUAUGCAGAAAGACCCGGGACUGCGGCUCUGGCAGAAAAGCAGCGAGCAGGACGAGGAGAGCAAGGAGAACGCGGCUAGAGGAGACGCUGACAAGAAACGCCUUUCGCAGGGCUCAAACGGAGACAUUGACGUGCAUUGAUCCCCUCAGAGAGAUACAAAGCCACUGUCUCCUCCAGCUCACCGCUUCUCCAUCCUGGAGCUGGAUUCAUAAAAGCUUUCUGAAGAAAAACCUCAGGAAAGAUCUCCAGACAAACUCUGACCAUGUUGUUCAAUGUAGUUACCAGAAAAAAAACCAAGUCUGCAGACAUGGAUAACUCCAUCACUGAGUUAUCUGUCAUUCUGAGCAGUUUGGUGUGAAAUGACUCAGACGUCUUUACAGUGGUGGUGAUGGGAACCAGGCGUCGCCAUGACUACAACACAGAUAUAGACAUUUUAUUUACUAUCCAGAACC